AUGCUGCCCACCCUGACGCAAAGGCCAGGCCAGGUGAAAGUGACCAUGAACCUAGAAGAUGGCCAAACUUGCGCAGACGCUAUGCGCGCCUUUUCCGAUGCCGACAUCUUUGACGUCCAAGUCUAUGUCUUCGAUCGGGACGGCAGGCAUGAUGGUAAACAGUCUAUACACAUUCGUCUGACUUCACCCUUCGACACUCUUCGGAUGGUCGGCAGCUGCCCUCACGCAGCCAAAUUCGAAUUGAAUAUCAUUGGCAGGGAUAACAGAAUGAGAAGGGGUUGGAAUUUCCUCGGGUGUUCCGAUCAGGACAACGUCGAGAGACUUCUAGGCAAGACUCAAGGCGGCUCGAAUGAGGCACAUGGCAGCGAGACUCUGGACGGCUCGAACGAAGUCAUGGGCAAUGACAUUCUCUCCAUAUCCGAUGAAACGAGGGUUAAAGCAGACGACGGCGGGUUCGAGAGUCCCGACCUAUACUCAAUCCCUGCCUUUGGACAAGGCGAGAACACAAAGAACAACAGAGCCUAG